GAAGUUUUCUGCUUACUAAGCACUUAUGUAAUCAGAGCUGAGACUCAUGGCUGACUCAGGUAUUAUGUAAGCACGUCACGUGAUCCAAUUCAAAAUUUCCUGACUCGGGCCACGUUACCGGGCAACCGCACAACGAAGGGGAAAUUUGCUGUAAAUUUGAUGCUCAUCUCCCUUCACAUUUAUCUCCAAUUCCUCCCAUUUCUCGCUAGCAAUACUCGCAAGUCGGUAGAUCGAUACCACAGUAACACAUAGAAAUGGACUCAAAGGUUGUUGGAAUUCUUGGAGGUGGCCAGCUUGGCCGCAUGCUCGUCGAAGCAGCCCAUAGAUUGAACGUGAAGACCGUUGUGCUCGAUGCUCCUGGAGCUCCAGCUAAGCAGAUCAACGCACUUGACGACCACGUUGACGGAUCCUUCAGCGAUGCCUCUGCCAUUGCUCAGUUGGCUGCUAAGAGUGACGUGCUCACUGUUGAGAUUGAGCACGUUGACGCCGAUGCCCUGGCCAAGACCGUGGAAACCACACAUGUCAAGUGCUAUCCAUUGCCUGAGACUAUCAAGCUAAUCCAGGAUAAGUAUGUUCAGAAGGAGCAUUUGAUCAAGCAUGGGAUCGAAGUGGCUGAGUCUGUUGCCGUGGAGAGUACUCCAGAGGCGCUGAAGGCUGUUGGUGACAAGUUUGGCUACCCAUUCAUGCUGAAAUCGAGAACUUUGGCGUACGAUGGCCGUGGUAACUUUGUUGUGAAGAGUGUCGAUGACAUCUCUGAAGCCCUCAAGGUUCUUCACGACCGUCCGUUGUACGCUGAGAAGUGGGCUCCUUUUGUCAAGGAGCUUGCGGUGAUGGUUGUGCGUUCCAUCGAAGGUGAGGUGUUUGCCUAUCCAACAGUGGAGACCAUUCAUGAGAACAACAUCUGCCAUUUGGUGUAUGCUCCAGCUCGUGUUGCCGACUCUAUCCAAUACAAGGCCCAGCUGCUGGCUCAGAACGCUGUGAAGUCGUUCCCAGGUGCUGGUAUCUUUGGUGUUGAAAUGUUUCUCCUUGCCAGUGGUGAGCUCCUCAUCAACGAGAUUGCUCCAAGACCACAUAACUCUGGCCAUUACACCAUUGAUGCUUGUGUCACGUCACAGUUCGAGGCACACAUCAGAGCUGUUGCAGGCUUGCCUCUGCCAAAGGGCUUUACCUCUUUGACCACCUCGAACACCAACGCCAUUAUGCUCAACGUGUUGGGAACAAAGGAGCCAAACGGUGAACUGGAGACCUGUAGACGUGCACUAGAAACACCAGGUGCCUCUGUAUAUCUGUACGGAAAGAGUACGAGAUUUGCCAGAAAGAUGGGCCAUAUUAACGUUGUGGCAUCUUCCAUGGCCGAGGCUGAACGUCGUCUAGCGUACAUCAUGGGUGAAACUGAUACACUUGAAGUUGAACAAGGGUCUGGAAAGGUGAAGCCGGUUGUUGGUAUAAUAAUGGGAUCGGACUCGGAUCUGCCAGUGAUGGCUAAAGGUGCCGACAUCUUGAAGAAGUUCAACGUUCCAUUCGAAGUCACCAUUGUUUCAGCACAUAGAACUCCUCACAGAAUGAGCAAAUACGCUGUUGAAGCCCACCAACGUGGUAUCAAGACCAUCAUCGCAGGUGCUGGUGGUGCUGCUCACUUGCCAGGCAUGGUUGCUGCUAUGACGCCUCUACCUGUGAUUGGUGUCCCAGUUAAAGGCUCGACUUUGGAUGGUGUUGAUUCGCUUCACUCCAUCGUCCAAAUGCCUAGAGGCAUUCCAGUAGCCACUGUUGCCAUCAACAACGCCACGAACGCUGCUCUGUUGGCAAUUAGAAUCCUGGGAACAAGUGAGCCAAAGUACCUGACUGAGAUGCAAAGCUUCUUACUCGAACAAGAGGAGGAGGUUUUGACCAAAGCUGAAAGAUUAGAAAGCGUUGGUUAUGAAAAGUAUUAGAUGGUUCUAAGUACAGGCAAGCAGAGGUGUGGUUAG